AUGGACGUCUGGCGCGGGUGCUCUGUGAUCCCGGAUUACAGGAGCAAAUGCGAAGUUUCGGUGGAAGGAAUCGGAGCUUACUCCUACGCACGUACACGUGGGCGUGUCACACUCACGUUAAAAUCGCUCUAUUCCAAUUUCAGUUUGGAAAUCGUUGCACUUGUCAUGCAGUCAAUUACUAAGGUCAUCCCAACAGUGCAUAUUGACAUGACACGGUGGCAGCAUUUGAAUGGUCUAGAAUUGGCCGAUACGCAGUUCGGCAUUCCUAGCAAUAUCGACAUUCUUAUUGGUGCGGAUGUAUGGGGAAAAGCAGUCGAAGGGGACAUAAGACUCGGUGGCCUCAAUGAGCUACACGCCCAGCGAACCCGCUUCGGCUGGGUUGUCUUCGGUCCAGUGCCAGCAGCGCAGCCAGCAACGCCGCCAACUCUUUCCUUCAGCACCCAGCAAGGCGAAGAGGACGCACGCUUGGAGGAGCUCGUAAGAAGCUUUUGGAAGUUAGAGGAAGUGCCUUCACAAGAUUGUAACGGCGAAGAUGAAUGUGAGAAAAUCUUUUUGACCACACACUCCCGCACAAGGGAAGGGCGCUACAUGGUUCAUAUACCAUUUCAUCCUGACGCACCGGCUUUGGGCAACUCAUACGCCCAUGCUUUACGACAAUUUCAUCUUCUUGAACGACGACUAGCAGCGAAUUGUGAGCUCAAGAAAAAAUACAUUGCCUUAAUGCGCGAAUACGCGGACCUCGGCCAUAUGGAACCCGUUAGUCACAUUGGAGAUGGGGGGGUCAACUACUACAUCCCUCACCACGCGGUUCUGGAAAAGUUCCGCGUUGUGUUCAAUGCUUCAGCGCGGACCACGAGCGGCCUCUCACUGAACGACGUCCAGUUGGUGGGAGCCACGAUUCAAGAACCACUUGUGAAUAUCAUCUUUCGUUUUCAGUGUUUUCGCGUAGCAUUAACAGCAGACAUCGAGAAAAUGUUCCGUCAAAUUCUGAUAACUCCCGAACAUAGGGAUUUCCAACGCAUUAUUUGGAGAGAAUCACCAGACAAUGACCUAGCAGUAUACCGUUUAACUACAGUGACGUAUGGGAUGGCUUGUAGCCCGUACAACGCAGUUCGCGCACUCAAUCAAUGCAGUUAUGAUAACUACAACGUAGUCGCAGAUGGCCAUCAGUCGAUUGUUGCGCGAGAUGCGAUUCUGUCAUCAUUUUAUGUAGAUGAUUUUCUCAUCAGUUGUGACACUGAGGAUAAAGCCUUCGAACUCGCUGUCAAUGUGAGUGCGAUUUUGUCGGCCGGACAGUUCCUUUUACGAAAAUGGCAUUCUAAUAGUGGUGAGGUUGUAAGGCGUUUAAUUAGUAACAAUUCUUCAAUCGUAGAGUUAGCAAGUGAACCAUCGACGGCAACUGUGCUUGGUUUAAGCUGGGACCCAACAACAGAUGAGAUCUUUUUCAAAGCGAAUCUAAACCAGAACAUCGGAUGCCUCACAAAACGUCGGGUUUUAAGUGAGGUCGCCAAACUAUUUGAUCCUACUGGCAUGCUUGCUCCAAUUGUUAUUGCCGGGAAGAUAUUUAUUCAGAAGUUGUGGUCUGCUGGCUUAGAAUGGGAUGCACCACUCCCAGAUGCACUUCAAAAUACGUGGGUCUUAUUUUACAGAGAACUUGACGUUAUAAACCGUAUCCGUGUACCACGAUGGUUAGGUUUGGCUGAGGGUAAGACUACUAUGCUACUUGGGUUUUGUGAUGCAAGUCCACUUGCCUAUGCGGCUGUCCUCUAUACUAGGACAACAUACGGUGAAGGUCGGUCAACUGUAUCAUUGCUAACAGCUCGCACCAAAGUGGCGCCACUCAAGGGUGCAACGAUUCCUCGCCUAGAACUUUGUGCGGCACAUUUACUCGCAUCCACACUUGACAGUGUGCGGACUGCUUUACGUCUAACGGACACUUCUUAUCAUUUAUGGUCCGACUCGCGAAUCGUGUUAUGUUGGUUACGUAAACCUCCAACUACUCUCAAGCCGUACAUUUCCAAUCGUGUUCGUCACAUUCAAGAGCUGACAUCACCAGAUCGUUGGCAUUAUGUACGGUCUGCACAAAAUCCGGCAGACUGUGCCAGUAGAGGUAUCCGAGCAUCAGAACUGGUUGAACAUCAGUUGUGGUGGCAAGGGCCAAAAUGGCUUAUGGACAAACAGCUACCAAUUUCCUUUGGGAUCGAAUUAAAAGAUGACGACGGCCAAAUAAUUCCAUUAAGCGAACGCUUUAAUUCAUUGCAAAAGCUUCUUCGUACCGUGGCAAUUGUACUUCGGUGGCUACCAGUUCGCCGACAUUUGCGAAGACUGAUCGUCAAUCCUACAGAAAUGGACGAUGCUCUUAACGUGCUAAUCCGAAACGAGCAAUAUACCUUUGCGAGUGAUAUGUCUCUGAUUCGGAAGGGAUCGGAAAUAUCCAGCUCCAGCAAACUAAGGUCAUUGAACCCUUACAUAGAUUGUAACGACAUAUUGCGAGUCAGAGGUCGUAUUGGUCACGCUGACCUUCCAGAAGAUCGACGUUUUCCGAUAAUUUUACCGAAGCAUGGGAGUUUGGUACACUUACUCAUCCGACACGCACAUGAAACCACGCGUCAUGGUGGGGCACAAAUCACUCUUCAAACUCUUCGCUCACGGUACUGGAUAUUGAACGGAAGGCAAGCAGUCCGAAGCUUUGUACAGACUUGUGUUAUUUGCCGACGACAUCGAGGCGUAACGUUAUCUCAGCAGAUGGCAUCCUUACCCAGGCAUCGCAUUACGGCAGCACGGCCAUUUAUAUCUUCAGGCGUCGACUAUUGCGGGCCUUUUACGGUGCGCAUCGGCACAAAAAGAUCGCGCACAACGAUCAAAACAUAUCUAGCUGUUUUCGUUUGCAUGGCGACCAAGGCCGUGCAUAUUGAAGUUGUUGAUGAUCUUUCAUCACCCGCAUUCUUAGAUGCAUUUACGCGAUUUAUAAGUAGACGAGGUCCAUGUCGAGAUCUCUAUAGUGACAACGGUACUACGUUCACAGGUGCUAACCGUUUGCUUAAAGAAGAUUUGGCUGCUUGGCAGAACGACAACAACCAACAAAGUUUGGCGAAUCUCGGUACUCAUUGGCACUUCAUCGCUCCCAGCGCUCCUCAUCAAGGUGGUCUCUGGGAGGCUGCGGUAAAAUCUGCCAAAUAUCAUUUGGUGCGCCUCGUUGGAGCGCAGUCAUUAUGGUAUAGCCAACUUCAGACUUUGGCGACACGCAUUGAAGCAUGCCUAAAUUCUCGUCCGCUAACACCUAUAUACGAUGAUCCCGAUGAUAAGUUAGCGUUGACCCCUGCCGACUUUCUGGUUGGCGCUCCACUGGUUGCAGUCCCUGAAGCUGACAUCAGAACAAUUCCGUCCAACCGUAUUAAGCACUGGCUCUGGCUGCGUCAGAUACAUCAACAAUUUUGGCAACGAUGGAGCGAGGAAUAUUUAUCUACUCUUCAAACUCGAAACAAGUGGCAGACGAAAUCAAGGGACGUAAAGAUCGGAGACAUAGUCAUCGUAAGACAUGAGAACUUACCACCAACAUAUUGGCGCUUAGGGCGCGUAACUGCGGUUCAUCCGGGCAGCAAUGGUUUAAUACGUAAUGUCACGCUUCAGACGGCGAACGGUAUGAUGACUCGUGCGGUACAGAAAUUGUGCCGGCUUCUGGACGCAGAGCAUUUUGAGGCCAGCGCCUCAACCGGGCAGGAUGUUCAGAAUUCGUCCAAUCUGGCACCACCUUAA